AUGUUUAUUAUGCCCAAAAUACAGAAUGGUUACACUAAUGGUUCACGCAUCAGACUUCCAUAUUUAAUAAUAACUGAAGUAAAUCUCCGUAAAUUUGCUGCUUUUUAUAAACAGUAUACGGAUGUCUCUUUCUUUGGUGAUGUGAUAAGGGGUAAAAACCAAGGCAAAAUUUCUCUUUGUGGGAUGCAGUCUGCUUAUGGACAGAUUUUUAUAGCGUUAUAUGAUAAUUGCGAUGGCUUUCAUGAUAUUAGUAGAAGUUAUACAAGAGAAUAUUACGCAUGUGCAAGAUCAAGACGCCUAAGACAAAUUUGUAGGAGAAGACAUAUUUGGGAAGAAGUGUACAUAGUUUGCGGUCACCAAAUGGGUGUAACUGAUGUCUUGUAUCAACAAUUGAAAAACAGACAAGAAUUAGGAUCUGUACUGAUGGAAACAGUUGACCUUCUCACUCCAUGUCCUUUCACUCUCUCAAAAAACCAAAGUCACUUUUAUUAUCAUCACUAUUUGCGAUGA